AUGAGUUUAAAACCCUUCACCUUUCCAUUCCCGGAGACGAGGUUCCUUCAUGCAGGACUCAAUGUGUACAAAUUCAAAAUCAGAUAUGGCAGCAGCAUCAGAUUGGAAGAGAUCGAAAAUAAGGACGUCAUGGUCCAGCAACUGGAGGAGUCUAUUCGCGUGGUUUUGGGAAACUUGGACAAUCUGCAGCCUUUUGCUACAGAACACUUCAUUAUAUUUCCCUAUAAAAGCCAGUGGGAGAGCGUUUCCCGCCUGAAAUUCAAACGUGGAGAAAUGGUCUUGAUCCCUUACCCAUUUGUUUUCACUCUAUAUGUAGAGAUGAAGUGGUUUCAUGAAAACCCAUCACCAGGUGAACCAGUAAACAGCACUCCUCUUGGAUUGGUUGCUGAUGAGAAGAAAUCAGCAGGAGCCCUGAGUAGGAAACGAAGGUACAUGGAAGUGUCCAGUACACCCAGGACGUCAGGACUGGACAGGGAAAAAGCAGGGAUGUCCAAGCAAUGCCCCAGCAAAAAGAAAAUCACAAAGAACAAAGAGAGAAAACACCAGCAGGAAUGGCAGGAGGCCCCGGCAGUGGACAACACGGAUGUCCAGGAACAGGGAUCCCAGUGGGAGGACAGCGUGGCCGGGCAGGUGGCUCCGUUAACUCAACAGAGUAAUCCAUCUCUACCUAAAGAACCCACAGAGCCGGGGGCCACUGGUUUCUUUGGGUUUCUAAGCUCGCUCUUCCCGUUCAACUAUUUCUUCCGAAAGGACAGCCAGUGA